UCCGCGACCGCGGGCCCGCACUGCUGAGGAGCGGAGCCUCGGGUUGGGGGGCUCCUAUCCCUGGUUGACCUCAACUGCGCGUCCCCCACCCCACCCCGGUGACCAGCUGCCACUGGUGUAGCGGUAUCUGCCUGGCGGAAGAGUCUUCAGCGGUCACCCGACCCCUCUCCACAGCCUCUGUGAAUCUCAGAUUUCGGGGCUGCCCCCUCCCCCAUCUCUCUCUCUGCCUCUGCACCCCGAUUUGUUCUGCGUUUCUUUUGGGUUUUGCUGCCGUCUAUUUUUGCAUCUCUUUUCGUUUUCCUUCUAGGAGGUGGGGUGAAGCAGCACUUGUACCCCUUCCCCUUUUUAUCCUCCCCUCCUCUGAUAACCACCCUUUACAUCGCAGUCCGGGGGCCUAGGAUCUGUGCAUACCACGCCGCGUGCCAGCAACCCGCAGCGCGUGGCCGUGCACCCCGGAAUUUGCAACAGCUGCAUAUUUGAAGGGGGUCUCCCUCGUCCCAGCUGCCUUUGCUCCCGGAGCAUUCCAGUGCGUGCAAGGGGGGCUACAGCGCACCGCACCCAGCUUCUUCGUAGCCCCCCGCCCCGCGUGGGACUCGUCCCCCGCCGCCAAGAUGGUCAUCAAGAAAGAGAAGAAGAGCUGCGGGCAGGUGGUUGAGGAGUGGAAGGAGUUCGUGUGGAACCCGAGGACGCACCAGUUCAUGGGCCGCACCGGGACCAGCUGGGCCUUUAUCCUCCUCUUCUACUUCAUCUUCUAUGGCUUCCUCACGGCCAUGUUCACCCUCACCAUGUGGGUGAUGCUGCAGACUGUCUCUGACCAUACCCCCAAGUACCAGGACCGACUGGCCACACCAGGCUUGAUGAUUCGCCCCAAGACUGAGAACCUUGAUGUCAUUGUCAACAUCAGUGACACUGAAAGCUGGAACCAGCAUGUUCAGAAGCUCAACAAGUUCUUGGAGCCUUACAAUGACUCCAUCCAAGCCCAAAAGAAUGAUGUCUGCCGCCCUGGGCGCUAUUAUGAACAGCCAGAUAACGGAGUCCUCAACUACCCAAAACGUGCCUGCCAGUUCAACCGGACCCAGCUGGGUGACUGCUCUGGCAUCGGGGACCCUACCCACUAUGGUUAUAGCACUGGGCAGCCCUGUGUCUUCAUUAAGAUGAACCGGGUCAUCAACUUCUAUGCAGGAGCAAACCAGAGCAUGAAUGUUACCUGUGUGGGGAAGAGGCCCCGUCACUAUAGGGACAAGGGGAAACCGAUUCCUGAGGAUGGGCGAGAUGAAGAUGCUGAGAAUCUGGGCAGCUUUGUCAUGUUCCCUGCCAAUGGCAACAUCGACCUCAUGUACUUCCCCUACUAUGGCAAAAAGUUCCACGUGAACUACACACAGCCCCUGGUAGCUGUGAAGUUCCUGAAUGUGACCCCCAACGUGGAGGUGAAUGUGGAAUGCCGAAUCAACGCAGCCAACAUCGCCACAGAUGAUGAGCGAGACAAGUUCGCUGGCCGAGUGGCCUUCAAACUCCGCAUCAACAAAACCUGAGAGACCCCCUUUCCUCCCAUCCCAACUUCUUUCCUGUGGAUGCUCUGGAAUGCCCCUUUUCCUUUACUUCUGAACCCAGCCUGAUUGAUGUCCAUUGUGAUUUCACACAUUUUCCACCAUCUUCUCCCGACCCUAGCUCAGACAGGGAGAUGGAAUCCCAAGAUGGUCACAGAGGAGCCAUUCUGGUUCUGAUUUAGCUGUGAUGGGGGGCGGGGGUCCCCACAGCUAUCCUCGUAUCCCCUGAGAGAUACAGAAAAUGCCUACCCACCUUCACACCACCCACCCAAUCUCUUUUCACCCCUUAGCUUCCAGACAGGCAUGUGACACGCCAUUCUUCCAUUUCUAAGUGUAGCCGCUGUCACCUCCUUCUCUGUCCCACACUUUCUCCCUCCUAUACACUGUUGCUAUCUUGGUGGCUGUUGACUUAUCUGGUUCCUCUGGUAGGUCUUUCUCCACCUCCUGUCCAUUUUAUUCUCCUUUUGGGACAGGUGGCUCUGUAGCCUUUUCCCUCUUUCCUGGCACAUUCCACUUCUCAUGCUAAGGUGACUGUGAGCUGGGAGUGAGGGUCGGGAAGAGAAGUCUGUGCUGGUUUUUCUUGAAAAUUCUCUUCCUGGUCUCUGUCACCCACAUAGGCACUCCUCAGAGGGGCAGGGUUGAUCUAGGCUGAACAUCACUUUGUUUUUGCCGAUGGCUCCCUUACCCCGUCCGGUUUUCCCAGAAUAUCCAAGUUCCACUUCCCAGGAGCCCUGGGGGAGGGGCAGCCAUUUUGGAUCUGUCCCCAGUGGCCACCUUGGAAACGUCAGCAGGCUAUGGGACUAUUCCACCUCCUUCCCUGGGCCCAGAUCUGCCCCCACUGUCCACUUGCUGGCUUCUCUUUGCAAUUUAUCAACUAAUCACUAACUCCUUUCCUUUGCUCUACAUUUUAGCCUGAAACUUGCAACUACCCCCUCAAUUUAGGCCCUGAAUUUCCUGGCUCUGUCUCCUUUAAAUCCCUUUGCAUUUUUAAACAAAUCCCUAGUGCCCAUAGAAUUGUAAAAGAGGGACCUCCAGUAUUCUUGAGUUACAGAGGUGUUUUAACGGUCUCCAACGCUUCACUUCCUCACCUCUCUAAUCUCCCUUUGCUUUUUUGAUGCUGCAGCCUCCACACCCCACCCGCAGAUGGACCCUUCCCUUUGAUCUCUUGCUGGAUGUUUCUUCCCUUUGGGUCCCUAUGUUUUCCUGCACUCCCCUCAUCCCUAUGGUCUCUCUCUGCAGUUAUUUAAUGCCUGUGCCAGAUCUACUGUAAAAAGAGAAUUAAGUACAAUAAAAUGAGAGCAAUUAUAUAUAUAAAUAUAUAUCAU